UGGCUAGCGUUAUCUCAGUGAAACUAAAUAGCGUGGCUCUUAAAAUAAGCAGAUGGACUUGCAAGUCCUGCGCGUACCCGCCUCACUCGUGUGUUGUUGGUUACUAAGCAACUUACGCGCGCCACAUAAGCUGCGUCAUUUCCUGUGCAGGGACGCGUUGGAGAGAGCCAGUUCAGUCGAUCCGCUUGCUCCUACUGAAGGCUAGACAACGAAGACAGCCGGUCUCCGUGCCGUUUUACUUUGUUUCUGUGCGCACUUACGCAACUAAGAACUUUCCUACCUGUUAGAUUUUUUUUUCUGUCUAUGGAAUACACCUGGGGCACUUUCCAAAGGACUAAAGCGCGUUUCAACUUUAUGUUAUGAGCGUGUCUAAGGAUAUCAACUUCGCGUUUUAGUUUGGGUGCCAUAUCCUCCAAAUACUGGACGAGUGGAUUAAAACCGAACGCAAACCGGGGCUCUACUUUUAAAACUAAUCAGCAGGAACACAUUCAUGUGAUUAUGGUGGUUGUAAAGCUCUGGAUUUAUGGGCAAAGAUCCUAAACUCCCUCAUAAGGGAUUCACUGGUGACGACAGAGAUAUUGGAGAAGACACUGGCCACUUGACCCGUUCUCGCGAGCGCGAGACGCACCGGAGCGCGCUGCUUUCUGUCGGUGUUAUUUGGAAGGUCCUCUGUGACCCGUUUGGUCUAUUAUUAAGUAUGACAGUGAACAUCAAGGCAUCGCAGUGCCAUGCGCCGCUCCGCAGGCUCCUGUAGACUCGGUUCCGGUGCUACUGCAAUGCUCGCCGGACCCCACCGCUUCCGUGAGGCUCUGUGAUCCAGGCAAAGGGCGCGAGGAUGAGCACAGAUCUGGAGCGCCUGUCGCUCAACUCUUCCUCGGGCAACUCCGUUGCGUCUAGCGCGCGUACCCUUUCCGCCAACGUGAAGAAGCUUCACAACGCGCUCAACCUGCUGCUCAGCGACCUCGAGAGAGAGCAGUUCAUCCACUGCCUCAACGUUUACCACUCCAAGCGCAAUGUGUACGACCUGGUCCAGACGCUUAAAGUCAUACUGAACGUUCCGAGCAAGCGUCAGCUUCUGCCCAUGUUGCGGCUGGUUAUCCCGCGCUCGGACCAGCUUCUGUUCGAUCAGUACACAUCAGAAGGGCUCUAUUUGAAAUCCGAUGGUCUUGCGCGCAAUGGUGACCAAGACGGUUCCCACGAGGCUGCUAAUUCGAGUCCAACACACGGGGCUCACUUCUCACCUCCUUCCGCCUCUCAAGCCGCUCUGCGCGGGUCUCCUGACAAUAUCAGCACCAGCAGCGAUGGGACAGCGACUCUUAUUCCUUUACUGGGAAGAAAUUUCUUACCGGAGCCCCCAGGAGAGAUCCGACAGGUGACCCUCAAGCGUCACAAGAGCAACGAGGGUUUGGGAUUUAGCAUCCGGGGAGGAUCCGAGCAUGGAGUUGGGAUCUACGUGUCACUGGUAGAACCGGGAUCACUGGCUGAAAAGGAGGGUUUGAGAAUUGGAGAUCAGAUAAUGAAAGUUAAUGACAAAGUGUUUGACCGGGUCACACAUGCAGAGGCAGUUAAGGUGCUGAAGGGCAGCAAAAAGCUCUCCAUGUCAGUGCGUUCUGUGGGACGGAUCCCUGGGGGUUAUGUCACAAAUCAUGUCUACACCUGGGUGGAUCCACAGGGGCGCAGUGUGUCCCCACCCCCUGACCUGCUGGCAGAGCAUCGCAGUGCAACCCUGCGCAGGUCCAACAGUCAGGGCCGCAGCCACAUGCAGCUGUUGCAGGACGGUGAUGAGAAGAAGGUAAAUCUGGUUCUGGAUGACGGCCGUUCUCUGGGUCUCAUGAUCCGCGGAGGGGCUGAAUACUCUCUGGGUAUCUACAUCACAGGUGUGGACAGAGGCUCUGCCGCAGAGUGUGGAGGAAUAAAGGUCGGCGAUCAGAUCCUGGAAGUUAAUGGCCGGAGUUUCCUCAGCAUCCCACACGAUGAGGCCGUGCGAGUGCUGAAGUCUUCACACCACCUGAUGAUGACUGUGAAGGAUGUCGGGCGACUGCCGCAUGCCCGCACUGUAGUGGGCGAGACAAAGUGGAUCACAAGCUCACAGAUUACAGACAGCUCGGCCAGCAGCAGUGUCACGGGUCUCUCUCUGGACCAGGGAGCAUCAGCAUCAACAAAGGGUGGCUUUUAUAAAGGUGUGGCGGGAUCUCAGGUGACUCUGUCCAGUUUGGUGAAUCAGAGCAGGGCCAUGCUGGAGGAACAGGCCAGACAUCUGCUGACCGAACCAGAGAGGCAGACCAUGGGCUACUACAUCCAGGAGUACCGCGAUGGUCAUAUCGGUGUUGAGCAGCUGGUCAUGGCCCUCUUUGAGCUGUUCAAUACACAUGCCAAGUUCUCUCUACUAUCAGAGGUGAGGGGGCUCGUGACCCCUCAGGAUGUGGAGAGAUUUGAUGCCCUGGUUUUGAGACGAGAGAUUGAGGCCCUGAAGGCGAGGCAGGGUGGCGGAGCUGGGUUUCAAGACUCCUCCUCCAUGGUCUCGUACCCUGAUACACUGGCCUCUUCCUCAGCCAGCUUCAUGACCAACACCACCCUCAGCUCCGCACGGAACGAUGGCAUUGCAGAGAACAACGGGGAACAGUCUCUGGAGCAUAGCAGUGCCCUGCCAGACAUCUCUCUGGAUGAGGUUCAUUCCACCUCAGAUCCCCCUCCUUCCUUUAAACCUCCUCCUCCCCCAGGGCUUCAGCGCCGGCCCAGUCGAAAAGCCACGCUUAGCAAACGUCCCUCUUCUAGCUCCUCCCAAUCUGGCUUGUACUUCACUGCCCCUACUCGUUCCCAGACCAAAGAACCAAAACACUCAAAAGCGCCCAAACCUCACACAUCUCCUCCUAAUAUCUUCAAGAUAGACGUCCCAGCACCUCAGCUCUCAAUAGUGAGUCAGCUUCCUAUUGGACCAUUCCCCCGGGUCCAGUCCCCUAGUAAGUUAAAGCCUGCUGUCCAAUCCUCAUCUCUGAUUCCUCCACCCGCCCCUAAUGUACCUGCACCACCUGGGCCACCGCCGCCGCCGCCGCCUCCUCCGCCUCCAUGCCCAGAUAAGCCCGCCCCUUCUUCCCCAGGAUCCAAUCAGCAUUUUGUCAUGGUAGAGGUGCAUAGGCCUAACGCUGAGCCUGAUGUGAACGAGGUUCGGCCGCUGCCACAGGCGCGAGGAGGGACAUUAUCCCAGCUGUCAGACAGUGGACAGACACUUAGUGAGGACAGCGGUGUAGACAUUGCCGAAUCUGGACGUCUCAGUAAGGAUAGCAGCCCACGUCCCGCCCGCACCAGAGCCCCACGGGAUGGGCACGGAGGAGAAGAAACAUCUGCCAAACCGCCGGGUCUGUUGGAGCCCAUGUCCACUCUAGUGAGAGUGGCGAAAAGCACCAGUACUCUGGGCAUCGCAAUAGAAGGCGGGGCAAACACACGUCAGCCCCUCCCACGCAUUGUGACCAUACAGAGAGGCGGUUCGGCUCAUAACUGUGGACAGCUGAAGGUGGGUCAGGUAAUCCUAGAGGUGAAUGGAGUGUCUCUCAGAGGAAAGGAACAUCGGGAAGCCGCACGUCUCAUCGCGGAGGCCUUUAAAACCAAAGAGAAGGACUACAUUGACUUCUUGAUCACAGAGUUCAAUGUGGCUCUAUAGGACCGUGCGAGUACCAUGAUGCUGGGACACUGGGACGCACCAUGACAUGUCUUGCCAUGAUUAACCUCCAGAAUCCUAUUACAUGGUUCAGCUCAUUCUCCUCUGUGAUGUUUUGAAACUGUGUGGACCAACCCUGCAUUGACCUUUCCAACAACAAAUGCCAGGAUAGAGCAAAAGUUCAGUCUGUUAUGUUUGUUUAAGAAGAUGGGACAUCUUUUCAGUUGGCUUAUUCUUUGAGUUUCUCUCUGACUGCAAUAUCACAAGAGACUCUCCGUCGAGCUUGGAUGUGUGUUGUGUUCUCAUGGAAAUCGUUGUUUUUUAAAAGUCAUAGCUAUUUUAUAAGAAAUAUGUAAAAAUGGAUCAAAUGUGUUUAAAUGAUAUAUUUAAAGUUUAAGAGGUGCACAUAACUACUGAUUAUAGCAAAUAGUGAUUAACUCCAUAGAGAUUCGAACUGAAGUGCUUCUCACUACAGAAUUCUCUGAGCAGAACUGCUGAAACAUCUGUCAUCUGCCUUUUUUAAACUCGUCAGCCGGUUUCAGUUUUUGCUUGCUGUUUGUGCUGUUUUGCAGGGGGUUUUUUUUCUUUUUUUUGUAAUUAC